CCCCUCCAAAUCUGUGCGCUGGGCCGCUUUUCCGUGCGUCUCUGGAGCUGCGUGUGCCAGCCGGGCAGCGACGCGUCCAGUCCAGAACCUGUGGACACGCGUCCGCGUGACUGCGUGCACUGUAGCGGCUACAUUGCAGAAAGGCUCGUGCUCUGCAGUCCCGCUGGCUGGCGCGCAUGAUCACACGCCGUAGAAAAAGUAAAGUCAGAGGUUUCAGUCGCAGACAAGUUUGCUGAAGGGAGGUGGGGUCAUGGCGACCUGCCUCACUCUGCUCCUGCUCGGGGCUCUGGGUCUGCUGACUGCUACAGGACACAGGACAGGACCUGCGUCUGAGCUCCUCACACCAGACCCGCCCACACAACCUCACUUCACGGGGUGUCGCUCCAGGGAGCAGGAGACGUUUCGUUGUUGGUGGAGUGUAGGGAGUUUCACUAAUCUCAGUGAACCCGGAGCCCUCGCAGUGUUCUUCCAAAUGACAAACACCCUGUAUGCUGGCUGGCGUGAGUGUCCUGAAUACACCGCCUCUGUCCAGAAUGAGUGCUACUUCAACAAGACCUACACGCACAUCUGGACGUCCUACCGUGUACAGCUGCGCGACACAGCCUACAACAUCACUUAUGAUGAACGCUGCUUCACCGUGGAGAACAUAGUGCACCCGGAUCCCCCUGUAGCGCUGAACUGGACUCUUCUGAACGUGAGCCGUUCUGGAUUGAACUUUGACAUCCUGGUACGCUGGGCUCCGCCCCCCUCAGCAGAUGUGCAGAUGGGAUGGAUGAGCCUGAAAUAUGAGGUGCAGUACCGCCCCCGGAAUGGCACCCGCUGGGAGAAGAUGGACCUGGAGAGUGGCACCCAGCUGUCCAUCUACGGCCUGAACACGGACAAAGAGUACGAGGUUCGCGUACGCUGCACCAUGUCAGCCUUCGAGAACUUCGGCGAGUUCAGUGACAGUGUCUUUGUACAAGUUGCCCAGAUACCAAGCAAAGAGUCCAUGUUUCCUGUGAUGCUGUUGCUGGUCUUUGGGGGGGUGGGGCUUCUGCUCCUACUACUGCUCAUCAUUCUCUCACAGCAGGAACGGUUAUUGGUGAUUUUGCUCCCCCCUGUUCCAGCUCCUAAAAUUAAGGGGAUUGACCCCGAGCUUCUGAAGAAAGGGAAAAUGGAGCAGCUAGACUCUCUUUUGAGGAGUCAGAACGUGUGUAAGCCUCACUCUGCCCCCAAGGACCCAUGGGUGGAGUUUAUCCAGCUGGACAUGGAGGACGUUGUGGAGAAGAGUGAGACCUCGGACACUCAGCACCUUCUGGGUCUCACCCACCUUGGCUCCUCCCAUGCCCUCAGCCUGAAGGGUGACGAUGACUCAGGUCGUGCCAGCUGCUAUGACCCAGACAUGGGGGCAGAGCCUGAGAGCAUCCCACCUGUGAGGGAGGUGCACAGCCCAGUGGUUGCUAGGAGCAGCUUCUCCACCCACAUCCACAGCACCACCACAACACCGGAGGCAGCUGGCAUGCACAUCCCUGUCCAGAUGCAGCCCAGCAGCCAGAGCUGGAUUAAUAUGGACUUCUAUGCCCAGGUGAGUGAUGUCACACCUGGGGGAGGGGUCUUGCUGUCACCUGGUCAGCAAAGCAGCACACCCAGCAAGAACACUGACAUGAAGAAGAAGAAGGAGGACAGGGAGGAAGAUGUGGCUGAGGAGGAGGAGGAGGAGGGAAAGUUGCAGCUGUUGGUGGUGGACUCUGAUGGCGGUUACUCCUCCGAGACGGUUGCUAGGCAGCAGGCUGCUGAUGCUGCCUCCAGCAGGGUUGCCGAGCAAGCGUACCACACCCUGUCGGAGCCACCCCAGCCCCACCCCCAGGCCUGGCAGGGUGGGUACCUGGCCCCUGACAGACAGCCCCACAUGCCUUACUUUUCACCGGAAGCCCCUCUGGCCUCAGUGCUGCCCCCUGUCUCGGACUACACGGUGGUGCAGGAGGUAGGAGGCAGUCACCACCUGCUCCUGCACUCCGCGGCCCCCCAGGCAUCAGUGUGCCCCCCACACCCCCUCAAACUCCCGCCCGGUGAGCCUGCCUUACCCUUGGGGUACCUAACCCCCGAAUUUCUGGAGAACCUCAGCCCCUGAAAUGGGACCCUUGGGCAGAACCGGGAUGCGCCCGGUCACGCUGGGACCGAGCCUCCCUCCCCCUCAGCAGCUGAGCUGUUGCUGCUGGUGUGUAAGGCUGCACACACGCCGUAAUUCGCUGACUUGUUGUAAUGUCCAGGCUGGAGAAAGUGGAUCCUGUUUCAGGAAUCCCAGCGAUACGUGAGCUAAUGAAAAACAUCCCACAACACUACGUUUUACAUCUGGCCAUGCUGUGGAAAAGAAGGAAGAGAGAGGCCGUGUAAGUGUCUCGGGCUCAGGUCCAUUUGGGUUCGGACAGAUCCAGAGAUCCGGGAAAGGUUUGGCAGUAACGUGACAUUCUGUUAAUGUCAUAUAUGUGCUUUGACUACACAGUCUUGCAAUUAGGCACACUUGUAAUAACCCUGAUUUAGUAAUUCUCUUAUAUUCAUGUAAAACAACAACAAAAAAAUCAUCUCUGUGCUUUCACUGUGAAGAAGAAAUCAUUGUAUGAAAUCAGGAACCCUGGAACGUCUAGUUCCUGCCAAAGGGAUAAGAGAGGCCAUUGCUGAGUCAUCCUCACGACACGGCAGUAUUUCUCCCUCAUUCCAGUCUCCAGAGCGACUGCCGCCAUCGGAUUUAUUGGAGUGGUUCCUUUCCUGUAGAUAAGCCAAGGAACAUAAGUACAGAACGAUCCGGCUGCCUGUUCAUUCAGAGGAUUAACUGGACACGACCUCCUGGUAUAUGGAAGUCCAAACACUGCGUUCUGCUGUAGUUAUAACCCUUACGCUUAACUAAUGAGUGUGAGAUCAGUGUUUUAAUGCCUCUGAGCUACAGGCUUCCGUGGCCUUUUUUCCGAAGCCUUGUCUUAACAAACACAUCAAGUGCUCAACGCUUGUGAUGAUGAUUUUAUAAUUGCUAGGUAACGGCUGAUUUAACGAUUGAUGGUUGAUUAAUGUCCUGAAACCCAGAAGCAGGAUCCUGACUACACAAGGGCACGGAGUGAAAUGACAGAACCUCCUACUACACUGCCAUAUGGAAAGCGUCUGAGAGUUUGUGCUUUUGGGGUUUUAUUAUAAAUCAGAAUUAUUUAAGCAUAGAUUCACCUGUAGGAAGAGGGAUCCCAGUGUUUUCCACCUAAAGUGUUGGUAGGUUGUGUAAACUUAUGUACAUGAAAUAGUGUUGCAGUGAGAACAUGUUAUGUGUGAUGGUUCCUACGAGUGGAGAUUCAUUCAGGAUCUGGGUGGACCUGUGACUCUCUUCUCAGCGCUGGACUGUGCUGCUUUAUAUUAAUAUUAAUACAUUGCCAUAGCGACACACACACACAUAUAUAUACAUACAUACAUACAUACAUACAUACAUACAUACAUACAUAUAUCUACUUAUUCACAAUCACAAUGCAGAUAAAUCAGGGGUACUUAAUGAAUUGGCUUUCAAAGUUAUUAAAGGACACCCAAGUCAGAAUAUGACAAGAAUGUUACAUUGUGACAGAUAUAGAUAAACAUAUAUUUUAAACAUUUAUUGUGCAAUCUUCAUUAAGAUUAGUAGUUUUUAAUUAAUUAAAAUAAUGAAAUUACAGUAAAGAUGUACGUAAUCUUUACAGUAAAGAUUAUGUACCAGCUAAAAUCCAUAUAUAGACAUUUGGGUGUAGAUACACAGGAGAAUUUAUCUGGACAUAAACUACUCCUCCCAGUCCAUGCCCCGCCCCUACCCUCGUCUGACCCAUGACCCUGCCUCUUUGUCCCAGUAACGCAGGACUCGGCACGUGUCACUACUUUGGCCCACAUUUACACAAGGUUUAUGAAAAAUAAGCUAAUUUAGAGUUUAGUAGAAACUAAACUGACAAACAUGCACAUUUCAGUUUGAAUCUUUUCAUCUGCAUAAAUACAAUUAAUGUGAAACUGCCCGUGGACACGAUGGGUAAGACUUUAACAUGUACGUAAUCAUCCAUGUAACGCCCCGUGUGACCAGCUAGCGUGCUAAACUGCGGCCCACUGUCUCGGUGUCUGACCUCACUGAGGGAGACUGCGUAUCUGUUCUAAUGGAUAUGUCUUAAACUGUCUGGGUGAUUUGGGCUUUCCUACGGAACGCUUUGCUCCUGGAACGCUGCCUCCUCCUCUCCUCAGGCUGGAUUCGAUUUCUCAUGUGAAAGGCUCUUAGGCAAAGGCUGGCCUGUACAUGCAGGAUAACAGUUGUGCAGUGUUUCUGCAAACGCCAGCUCAUUCGUCUUGUGUAACGGCACUGUGGGUUUUGUUUAUGUAUUCUGAAAUGUGCAAUGCAGUGCACAAUGUUUUCCUAAAGCUGCCUUUCUUGUUGUUGUGGAGUCAUUAUAUAAUUAACUGACAUUACAGAGAGAGCGAAACUGAGGAAAUGGUUCCGUUUAUCAAAGCGCAGCAGGAGACUAUAUAAUUGUCAACGCUAGAUAUAAACUUUUUUCCUUUAGCUUAAUAAAAAACAGCUUCAAACAAACGAAUUGCCUUUACUGCAUGUUUCUGAGUUAAUGUCAGUUUUAAUGUUACAAUUUAUUGAUGUAAAAAGAAAUUAGAAUAAAUCAUACCAGACUACUGUUGUGGCUAGACUGAGUAUUCUCUCAGUGAGUGAGUGAGUGAGUGAGUGAGGAUAUGCUUAAAAGCAACAGCUGAAGACACAGAUAUUGUAACCUUGCGAGAGUCACUGUGCCCUUGAUAAACUGGGGGGGGGGGAGGAUAGUUUGAACACAAUGCACAAACUAGUGAUAAGGCGCCCAUUUUGGGUGGAGACACGGUGAGGUCACGUGGAGAUUCAGACCUGGAUAAGGCACCUUCCCCAACACCACACUGCCCACGGACUUCACUUCCGAUCAGAAACCGGGCAGCAGGUGGGAAAUGUUACGGUCAAAUAUUUCAAGUAUUUAACAAAAAAGCAGUUGGAAGACAGUCAAAUUCCCUGCCUGCAACAAAACCGUUUGCAUUCUGCUGCUGCAAAAAAGAAUGUCCUUCAGGAAUAUACAGUUAUAAAUUAUACUUAAAGUAUUUUGUUUUUCAGAUAUUAAACUGUAAUGCUUAAGAUAUUAAAAUGCAUCCAAGAAAAUUUUAUCUUAUCCAAACUGUCAAUCCACUACUGACGUCUUUAAAGCGCGCCCAGCAGGCUCGAGCGCGACUGAGGCUCUCUGUACAAAAUUUCACAUCAACAGUUCCACGAUUAGAUCCUCGCACGUGCGCGUACGCACUGACGUGACGUCACUUAUUCCCCAGCAUGGAAAGCCCUCUUAAACAGUGCCGCGUGACUUCCAUUUUAAGACAGGCUGGAACACAACAGGAAGUUCUCCGUGUUCCCGAGGCGUACAGUAGUAAUGACCACAGGCUGUGGUGAGCAGCACGCGAGGCGCAUUCAUCCGCGUCCCGUGGGCUGCGAACAUCUAGCUUGGCUCCAUUAUUGGAGCCAUGCUGGCAGGAAGGCUGCGCGCAUUAUGGAGGCUCGGUCAACACAGCUGAAGCGCUAAUGCACCGAAUUGAGAGGAGGCUCGUGAGAGUGGCUCGCUAAGUGCUUACAGAGGCGGCUGGAAGCAUAUCAGGCAAUUAGGCGGCCUGGACGUACUCAGCAGCACGGCACGCGCCUGAUUGGAUCGCAGGAGCUCUGCCUCACACCGCACUCCUCAGGACAUUGCAGGUAAUUAUCUGCGAGUCUCUGCUCCUCUGGACAGGAGUUCAGGCCAAUUACGCGCAUCAAGCUGCCCACUCUGUCCACUUUACUGCCUCCGCGUGCUCGGUGACCUUUUCCUUCGACUGAGCGGACAGCUCGCGACGUGCUGAAGGGCGCCUCUGUAUGUUCACUUGCCACAGGGUCAACGAGACAAAAACGCCACCUUACAAAGUGGGUUCUGGAAAAUGUGUAUGAAUUUGUUAAAUUGAGAUAAUGACUGUAAUUCUACGUUAUUCCACUUUAAAAAAAAACAAAACCUUUAUUCAUUGCUGGAUGCAAGCUUCUGCAAGACAAACAAGCACUAAAGCAUGCACUGGACCGCCUCGGCUACUGUACAGCUGAUGUCCAAAACAGUUUUGUUUGGCCACAGGAAAUAUGGUAAAGUGAGACGAAGUAAACGGCAUGCUGAUAUUAGCAGGUUACCACGACUAGGAUGGCAACAACAACUGUCUGCAGAAUGCCACGAGGCAUAAAAUCGCUUCAACAGCCUGUACGCAAUUACACACGAGCUGUUUGAACCAGAGCACCGCCCGCUCUGAUUAACCUGUGGAGACCUCCACAGACCCCCACAAUGCACCGCAGCUACAUUAAAGUCUGUGAAUAAAUAGGCAUUUUGUUUGUAAUAAAAUUCAUAGUUAGUGAAGUAAGUCUA